GGCACAGGUGCUGAGAGUUGCAGAGGGGAGGAAGGAAGGGAGAUCAAGUUGGGGUGGCAGAACCGAGCAAGAGCUGCGCCCCCCCUCCACUAGCACCCUUGACUCCGAGGGGGGCCCGAGAAGGUGCCAGGUGUGGGGCACCCGAAGGACCUGUCUUGCAUGGGAGCAGGCGUACACCAUGGCUGACCCCCGAGGCCCCUUAGACCACGGAGUCCAAAUUCGCUUUAUCACAGAGCCAGAGGGUGCCCCGGAGAUGGGCAGUCUCCGACGCGGUGGGCGACGUCCGGCCAAGGAUGCAAGAGCCAACACCUACGGGGUGGCCGUGCGCGUGCAAGGCAUUGCUGGGCAGCCCUUUGUGGUGCUUAACAGUGGAGAGAAAGGGGGAGACUCCUUCGGGGUCCAAAUCAAGGGAGCCAACAACCAGGGCGCCCCAGGCACUUCGGGUUCUGAUUCAGAGCUCCCCGAGAACCCCUACUCUCUGGCCAAAGGAUUGCAUGCCCCUUCGCAGGGCAGCACCUCCGACGAGGAGCCCGGUGCCCACUGGGAGGGAAGACUCCUCCGCUCCCAGUCUCACGCCUCCCUGGCAGGCCUGGCGCCCGUGGGCGCUGCCAACAGGAGCACCAGCUUGCUGGAGCUCGCCCCCCAGAAGGCCUGCCCGGCGCCCACCGUUGACACGGCCCCCUUGUCGUCGGUGGACUCGCUGAUCAGCAAGUUCGACGGUCAGCCCGGGGUCCAGGUCCGCGGGCGCGCCGGCCGCCGCGCGAGGACGCUGCCCCACGAGCGCAAGAGGAGCCAGAGCCUGGACAGCCGCGUGUCCAGGGACGCCCUCGAGGACCGGGAGGGACGGUCCCCCGGCCACUGGACCCCGGGCACCGAGUGUGGCGGCCAGGUGGACGCCUCCAGGCAGCAGCAGCCGCCGCCGCCGGGCCGCUCCCGGCAGACGCAGGAGUGGGUCCUGCAGAGUUUUGAAGAGCCGCGCGAGCGAGCCCAGGACGCCGCCCUGCUGCAGUUCAAAUCAACUCCAGACCUUCUCCGAGACCAGCGGAAGGCAGCCCCUCCAGGCAGUGUGGACCGCAUGAAGGCCACCAUCUAUGGCAUCCUGAGGGAGGGAAGCCCAGAAAGUGACGUGUCCGUGAGGAGGAAGGUUAGUCUGGUUUUGGAGCAGGUGCAGCCUCUGGUGGUUUCUCCUGCUUCUGCUAAGGCCCAAGCAGGGCAGAGCGAGCUCACCCGAAAAGUGGAGGAGCUUCAGGAGAAACUGGAUGAAGAGGUGAAGAAGCGGCAGAAGCUCGAGCCGUCCCGGGUGGGGCUGGAGCGGCAGCUGCAGGAGAAGGCCGAAGAGUGCCGCCGGCUGCAGGAGCUGCUGGAGAGGAGGAGCGGGGAGGCCCUGCGGAGCAGCAAGGAGCUCCAGAACAUGAAGGAGCUCGUGGACCAGGGCGAAAGGUUACGGCGUGGGCUGGAAAGCCAGGUGCAGGAGCUGCACAGCAAGCUGAAGCAGAGCCAGGGGCCCGAGGCUGCCAAGGAGGCGCUCCUGAAGGACCUGUUAGAGGCCCGGGAGCUUCUGGAAGAGGUCUUGGAGGGGAAACAGCGUGUAGAGGAGCAGUUGAGGCUGCGGGAACGCGAGCUGACAGCCCUGAAGGGCGCCCUGAAGGAGGAGGUGGCCGCCCAUGACCAGGAGGUGGAGCAUGUCCGGCUGCAGUACCAGAGAGACACAGAGCAGCUGCGCCGCAGCAUGCAGGAUGCCACCCAGGACCAUGCGGCAUUGGAGGCCGAGAGACAGAAGAUGUCAACCCUGGUGCGGGAGCUGCAGAGGGAGCUAGAGGAGACGUCAGAGGAGACGGGGCAUUGGCAGAGCAUGUUCCAGAAGAAUAAGGAGGAGCUGAGAGCCACCCGGCAGGAACUUCUACAGCUGCGGAUGGAGAAGGAGGAGAUGGAAGAGGAGCUUGGGGAGAAGAUGGAGGCCAUGCAGAGGGACUUAGAGCAGGCCCGGGCUGGUGCUCAAGACCCGCACCAGCUCGAGGAGCUCAAGAAGGAGCUGCGCCUCGCCCAGGAGGAGCUUAAGGCCCUGCGGGCGGAGCAGCAGAGCCAGGAGGCGGCCGGUCGGCACAGGGAUCGCGAGGCGGAGAAGCAGCUGGCCGUCUUGCGGGCGGAGGCCGACAGGAGCCAAGAGCUGCAACAGCAGAACCUGCAGCUGCAACAGACCGUGCAGCAACUGAGAAGGGACUGUGAAGAGGCUGCCAAGGCCCAGCUGGCGGCCGAGAAGGAGUCCUCUGUGCUGGGGCAGCGGCGGACGGCGGUGGAGACCACGCUUCGCGAGACCCAGGAGGAGAACGAUGACUUCCGCAGGCGCAUCCUGGGUCUGGAGCAGCAGCUGAAGGAGGCGAGAGGCCUGGCGGAAGGCGGGGAAGCGGUGGAGGCGCGGCUUCGGGACAAGGUGCAGAGGCUGGAGGCGGAGAAACAGCGGCUAGAGGAGGCACUGAAUGUGGCCCAGGAGGAGGAGGGCAGCCUGGCCGCAGCCAAGCGGGCUCUGGAGAUCCGGCUCGAUGAGGCCCAGCGGGGGCUGGCCCGCCUUGGGCAGGAGCAGCAGGCACUGACCCGGGCCCUCGAGGAGGAGGGGAAGCAGCGAGAGGCGCUCCGGCGGAGCAAGGCUGAGCUGGAGGAGCAGAAGCGUUUGCUGGACAGGACUGUGGACCAGCUCCACAAGGAGCUGGAGAAGAUUGGGGAUGACUCCAAGCAGGCAUUGCAACAGCUGCAGGCCCAGCUGGAGGAUUACAAGGAGAAGGCACGGCGGGAAGUGGCCGAUGCCCAGCGCCAAGCCAAGGACUGGGCCAGUGAGGCCGAGAAGACCUCAGGAGGGCUGAGCCGGCUUCAGGAUGAGGUGCAGAGGCUGCGGCAGGCGCUGCAGGCGUCCCAGGCGGAGCGGGACUCGGCCCUGCUGGACAAAGAGCUGCUGGCCCAGAGGCUGGCGGGGCUGCAGCAGGAAGCGGACAGCAAGAAGCGCUCCCAGGACGAGCGCGCGCGGCAGCUGAAGAGCCUCGAGGAAAAAGUGUCACGGCUGGAAGCAGAGUUAGACGAGGAGAAGAACUCAGUAGAGCUGCUGACGGACCGAGUGAACCGCGGUCGGGACCAGGUGGAUCAGCUGAGGACAGAGCUCAUGCAGGAGAGGUCCGCUCGGCAGGACUUGGAGUGUGACAAAAUCUCCUUGGAGAGACAGAACAAGGACCUGAAGUCCCGCUUGGCCAGCUCAGAAGGCUUCCAGAAGCCCAGUGCCAGCCUCUCUCAGCUUGAGUCCCAGAAUCAGCUGUUGCAAGAGCGGCUACAAGCUGAAGAGAGGGAGAAGACAGUUCUGCAGUCUACCAACCGAAAACUGGAACGGAGAGUUAAAGAGCUGUCCAUCCAGAUCGAUGAUGAGAGGCAGCAUGUGAAUGACCAGAAAGACCAGCUAAGCCUCAGGGUGAAGGCCCUGAAACGGCAAGUGGACGAGGCGGAAGAGGAGAUCGAGCGGCUGGACGGCCUGAGGAAGAAGGCGCAGCGGGAGCUGGAGGAGCAGCACGAGGUCUGCGAGCAGCUCCAGGCCCGGAUCAAGUCCCUGGAGAAGGAAUCCUGGCGCAAAGCUUCCCGCUCGGCGGCCGAGUCCACCCUCAAACACGAGGGGCUGAGCUCCGAUGAGGAAUUCGACGGUGUCUACGACCCCUCAUCCAUUGCAUCGCUGCUUACAGAGAGCAACCUGCAGACCAGCUCCUGUUAGCUCCUGGUUGUGAAAAGACCAGAAACAAGCCUGAAGCCUGUUCCAGCCAGUAAUGCUCUGCCUUGCUGUGCUCUGCCUGCCUGCCUGCCUGCCUCAGAUUCCUAUAGGGGAUCCAGUUACUCAGACUUAAAGACUCGGAGAGGUCUGAGCAAUUAAAAAAAAAAAAAAAAAAAAAAA